GCAUGAAGUAGAAGAAGAGCACAUUCCAUGGUUGGCUCCACUUAACCGCUUUCGCGUGCUAGCUUCGCCUUACUUGCUUUGCUGCAGUUUUAUUUUUUCAGAUUGAUUUGAAAAGCUUUGCAUCUUUAUCACAUAUCUAACCGUGGGUUAAUAUGCACAUGUAUAUAUAAAUGCCGUUCAGGCUCACGUCUUGUUCACGUUGCUAGUUAGCAAGGCUACAUGUCUGCUGAUUGAAGUGCUCCUCUGUUUUUUCUUCGCUUAAACACCUCGUUGCCUGAAUAUCUUCACUAACCAGCCGUGCUCUAAAGUUUUUUCAAUACACAUAGUUUUGACUUAUUUAUCCAAUGAACGUGUUGAGAGCCGGUUAGCGACGUGCGCGUUAGCUCGUGGCUAACAAUGCUACACGUAUGAGCAGACGCUAUAGGCCUCACUGGAUCCUCGGUAUUUCCUGCGGAGGCCAAUCCGAGCUACAUAAGCUUAGACCGUCUUGUCUUUUGCUACGCGGGUGACCCUCCCGGAUUUGGGAACGAUAUCAAAGUCACACACUAAAAAGAGGCUCCUGAAAAGAGAUGGAGGCACCUCCUGUCACUGUCAUGCCCAUCACUGGCGGCACUAUCAACAUGAUGGAGUACCUGUUGCAAGGAAGUGUGUUGGACCAGGCCCUGGAAAGCCUCUUGCAUCGCCUGCGAGGCCUGUGCGACAACAUUGAACCAGAGGCCUUUACAGACCACGAGCUGGUUUACCUCCUGAAAGGCCAACAAGGCAACCCGUUUAUCCUCCGCGCUCGCCGCUCCCUCGCCCACCCCACAGCCCCCUGGCACCUGCGUUACCUGGGACAGCCGGAAUUGGGAGACAAGAGCCGGCAUGCGCUGGUGCGCAACUGCGUGGACGUGGCGGCCUCACACAGCUUGCCCGAGUUCCUCAACGAGAUGGGCUUCCGCUUGGACCACGAGUUUGUGGCCAACGGACACAUAUUCCGCAAAGGUGCCAUGAAAGUUGUCGUCAGCAAGCUGUCGCGCAUCUUGGUUCCGGGAAACACGGACAACACGGAACGCCUGUUGCUGUCGUACUUGGUGGAGCUGAGUGUGUUGGCGCCCGCCGGGCAGGACACAGUAUCUGAGGACAUGCGUGGCUUUGCCGAGCAGCUCAAACCCCUGGUACACCUGGAGAAGAUUGACCCCAGCAAACAGAGACAUUGACAGACUCUACGGACAUGUUAGAUCUUUUUGCUUACUUUUUUCCUGCUUAGUCUAGAUGUUACAUGACAUUAAAUGC